UAUUUGUUGUUUGUUGAUAUCCGCACUGAAAAUUCCGCAAAGAAAAGGGUCAAAAGAAGCCGCAUUGCUGCGAACUUUCAACAGUUUUAAUAACAAGUCUGUUGGUUUUAUAUUAAAUUUGCUCAUUUAAUUAUAUUCAUCGUCUCUUUUUCCUUCUUGAGCAAACUCCUGCCAAUCUACCUAGCCGGCUUUGAAUUAUAUAUUGAUCGAGUAAGAAGUUGCCGCAAUGCCGGCUUCCGAUCCUGUCGUUCUGAGCUUUUUCGACACUGUCCUCCGAGUGUCCGAUGUCGACCUGCUCAAAGGGCAACACUGGCUCAACGACUCCCUCAUCGGCUUUUUCUUCGAGUAUCUGCAGAAGCUCAAAUAUAAGGACUUCAACGAUUUACUCUUUGUCAGCCCAGAGGUGACGCAGUGCAUCAAGGGCAGCAGCAAAGAAGACUUGGACGGAUUCCUGGGCCCACUCAAUGCCAAGGACAAGAAAUUUAUCUUCUUCCCUGUCAACGACUCGAUGGUUUCGGACGAAUCCGGCGGCUCUCACUGGAGUCUGCUUGUGUACAGUCGGCCAGAGAGCAACACCUUUUUCCACUUUGACUCCAUGUCAAGGACCAAUUAUUCAUCUGCCGGGAAAAUUGUGAUGAAGCUUGCGCCGUAUUUAGCUCCUGACGGAGCAGAACUUGAAGAAUUCAUUUGCCUGAGACAGGAAAAUUCUUACGACUGUGGCAUCCACGUCCUGUGCAACGCCGAGAAUAUUGCCAACCACGCGUGCAUCUACGAAAAGGUUGGCGUAUGUCCCAUCCUGGACCAGCGAGUCAUCGACAAUCAACGCAAAUCCGUUCUGAAUCUCAUCAGGGAUCUCACCCGGUGCGGAACAAAAAUGGAUAGCGGAGACGCCUCGUAAUUUCCUCAAAACAAAA